AUGGACGGCAGUCGAGGAAACAAGCGGCCGCCCAUAAGCAGUAUCACACCCCCUGCAAAGAAAAGGGCCCUCGUCGACUAUCUCCUUCGAGCCGCCGAACGAGGCUUCCCCAUUCCCCUCAAACUCCUACUUCUUUUGGCACAUGUCAUCGCCCGUCCGCGCUCCUCUCCAUCCUCGAUCCCGGCAGCCGAUGUCGAGCUGGAAUCUCCACGCAAGAACUGGCUUCGAGGCUUCCGUUCCCGCCACCCGGAAAUCGCAGCAAAGAAACCAAGGCCUCUGGAAUGGGCGCGAAAUGACAUAGAGGGAGCUGCAUAA